CACAUUUCUGUUUUGAACCAAAAAGUACUUUUAAUUUUUAUUUUAUUUCCCAAAAUACUUACCAAAUAUGAGACACCCAAACUAUUUAAUCGUAUUUGCUAUAAAUAAUGAGGGGGGGGGGGGAAAUACUAACUAAAAACCCACACUACACUUUGCUUACGCACAUACACUAAAACGAAACUUCCCACUCUCUCUUUCUCUCUCGCUACUACUAGAAGAAUCAUGGGAAUCGGAGAAGAAAGCACAAAGCCAAUUUGGGGGAGUGUUAGCCACGACGGCGCGCCUUCUUCAGGCUACGCUCUCAACGGUAAAAUCAUGCUCUCCUCCGCUAUCAUCCUCUUCGUGGCCGUUAUUAUGAUCCUCUGCUUCCACACCUACGCCCGAUGGCUCUUCCGUCGUCAGAACCGUCGCAUUCGCCGCCGUAUUCGUGCUCACCUCCGCACUCUCUCCGCCUCCCCCGGUGACCAAGCUCUCGACCCGGCGGUUCUCGAAAAGAUCCCGAUCUUCGUAUACUGCUGCUCCUCCAACUCCAAGGUAGAGAAGGAGGAGUGCGCCGUCUGCUUAUCGGAGUUCGAGGAAGAAGAAGAAGGCCGUCUCCUCCCAAAAUGUGGCCACUCUUUUCACGUCAGUUGCAUCGACACUUGGUUCCGCUCAAGAUCCACUUGCCCGCUUUGCAGAGCUCCGGUCCACCACCACGUAGUAGAAGAAACCGGAUCCUCUUCUUCUUCUUCUUCUUCUUCGCCGUUGAGAUUUCCCAUGGAGGCUUGCGAGAGAGAACCCAUUGAUCUCGUCGGCGUCAUGGUGGAGACUCCCAGAGACUCUGAACCUCAUGGCUCGAAUCCGGGUCUACCCAACCAAAACGGAUCCAAAUUACCGGUUUUAUCUUUGAAAAGGCUUUAUAUGGACUCCUUUUUUAUUCCCCGGUAAAAAAAAAUAUCAUCGCUUUCUUCUUCUUUUUUUUCUACACGUGGCACUAAUAUCAGGACACGUGGUCAUUGACGAGAGCGUAUGUAGUUGAGUACUCAUCGAUGAAUCUACGAACGGUGUCGUGUUUAUA